GCUGGAUUGAUAGCGUGACGUCAACGCGCCGCUACCUCUCCCAGAGGGCAGGAUUAGUCUGGAGCAGCAGAGGCAGCGCUCCGGUAAUCUCCCGGUAAUAAAUGGGGGAGACGUUCAGAACCGCCGCUACCGAGUGACGCUGCAGGGACCCCUGACAUCCCCCGGAGAAGGUCCCUGCGUUUGGAGCACGAUGGGUCCCUUCGCGACGCCGCAACAAACCGACGCGCGCCUGGCAGCAGCCUCACCUGCGAAGCCCCAGCGGAGGACAGAGGAGCUCCUCGGAGGACACUUUGCUGACUGAGAGGCACCGGGACCCGACAGGCAGACACCUCAGCGCACUUUCGCCAUGGAAGAGAGCCGGCUAGAGUAGCCCGCCGCAACCCACAGUAUCCACAACCAGACUGUCAGAGAAGAAGCCGAUCUUCGCGAUGACCCGAUAAAUUCCUGCCGCCGUCGCUUUCUUUGGAGACUGGAUUGACAUCCCCGUGCGGCAGAGGAGACGAGCAGAGGGGCCUUUUUAUUUGUUUAUUUCAGUCUUCAGAUGGACCGAGUGCCAUCGGCACUGGCCGCUAAGAUGCGCUGGAUCACGCUGGUGCUUGCCGGCUUGACUUUUUGGGGCAAAGUGUCCAUUUGUAACUGUUUCGACUACGGGGAGCCGGACUAUGAUUACUAUGAAGAGGACAAAGCGGAGGCCAUUGACUACAAGGACCCAUGCAAAGCUGCUGUAUUUUGGGGCGACAUCGCAUUAGACGAGGAGGACCUGCGCAUGUUCCAGAUCGACAGGACGAUAGACCUGAGACAACACACACACAUGCACUCGCACUCCAGACAGGGCCACACGUCUGGUGGCCUGGAAGAACAUGAAACUGUGAAGAAGAGAGGCUCGUUAUAUCUGCUGCUGGAAAGAAUACGGAGAUUUGGCUUCGACUUACUCCCAAAGAAUGAGAGCAAGGGAGAUGCCGGCGUGAAGACCCCGGCCGGGAAAGGCGGGAAGACCGGGAAGGUUGCGAAGAGCCGUAUUCCUCGAGCGGCCACAUCCCGAGCUGAGAGGAUAUGGCCUGGAGGAGUCAUCCCCUACGUCAUAGGAGGAAACUUCACUGGUAGUCAGAGGGCCAUGUUCAAGCAGGCCAUGCGUCACUGGGAGAAACAGACGUGCGUCACUUUCAUCGAGAAGACCGACGAAGAAAGCUACAUAGUCUUCACCUACAGACCGUGCGGGUGUUGUUCCUAUGUGGGUCGCCGUGGCAACGGGCCCCAGGCCAUCUCCAUCGGAAAGAACUGCGACAAGUUCGGCAUCGUGGUGCACGAGCUGGGCCACGUCAUCGGCUUCUGGCACGAGCACACGCGGCCCGACCGUGACGAUCAUGUGACCAUCAUCCGGGAUAACAUCCAACCAGGCCAGGAGUAUAACUUUCUCAAGAUGGAGCCUGGGGAGGUGAACUCUCUUGGGGAGCCGUAUGAUUUUGAUAGCAUCAUGCACUACGCCAGGAACACCUUCUCACGCGGGAUGUUCCUCGACACCAUCCUCCCGUCCAGAGAUGAAAACGGGGUCCGGCCUGCGAUCGGCCAGCGGACCAGGCUCAGUAAAGGAGACAUUGCACAGGCAAGGAAGCUGUAUAGAUGUCCAGCGUGCGGGGAGACGCUCCAAGAGUCAACGGGCAACUUCUCAUCCCCCGGUUACCCCAACGGAUACCCCUCAUACACACACUGUGUCUGGAGAAUAUCUGUUACGCCCGGAGAAAAGAUCGUUCUUAACUUCACCACCAUGGAUCUGUAUAAAAGCAGCCUGUGCUGGUACGACUACAUCGAGGUCCGGGACGGAUACUGGAGGAAAGCGCCGCUGCUCGGCAGGUUUUGUGGAGACAAAGUCCCAGACGUCUUGAUUUCAACCGAUAGCCGAAUGUGGAUCGAGUUCCGCAGCAGCAGCAACUGGGUGGGGAAAGGCUUUGCUGCCGUUUACGAAGCGAUCUGUGGAGGGGAAAUCACUAAGGACUCGGGCCAGAUUCAGUCUCCCAACUAUCCUGACGACUACAGGCCUUCCAAAGAGUGUGUGUGGAGGAUCGCGGUGUCCGAAGGAUACAAUGUCGGGCUCAGCUUCCAGGCUUUUGAGAUCGAGAGGCAUGACAGCUGCGCCUAUGACUACCUGGAGGUCCGGGACGGCCCCCUCGAAACGAGCCCUCUGAUCGGCCGAUUCUGCGGCUACGACAAACCCGAGGACGUGCGCUCGACCUCGCACACGCUGUGGAUGAAGUUCGUCUCGGACGGGACGGUGAACAAGGCCGGGUUUGCUGCCAACUUUUUCAAAGAGGAAGAUGAGUGUGCCAAGCCAGACAAUGGUGGAUGUGAACAGAGGUGUGUAAAUACUCUCGGCAGCUUCAAGUGUGCCUGCGACCCGGGCUACGAGCUAGCCCCAGACAAGAAGAGCUGUGAAGCGGCGUGCGGCGGCCUCCUGUCCAAGCUGAACGGGACCAUCAGCACUCCCGGCUGGCCGAAGGAGUAUCCACCCAACAAGAACUGUGUGUGGCAGGUGGUCGCUCCCAACCAGUACCGCAUCUCCAUGCAGUUUGAGGCCUUUGAGCUGGAGGGCAACGAGGUGUGUAAAUACGACUACGUUGAGGUGAGGAGUGGCCUCUCGUCCGACUCUAAGCUGCAUGGUAAAUACUGCGGCACUGAAGUACCCGAGGUCAUCACCUCACAGUACAACAACAUGAGGAUUGAGUUUAAGUCGGACAACACAGUUUCCAAGAAAGGCUUCAAGGCUCACUUCUUCUCAGACAAAGAUGAGUGCAGCAAGGACAACGGCGGCUGCCAGCACGAGUGCAUCAACACGGUGGGCUCGUACGUUUGUCAGUGUCGCCAUGGCUUUGUGCUGCAUGAGAACAAACAUGACUGUAAGGAAGCCGAGUGUGAGCACAAGAUCCACAGCCCCAGUGGGACCCUGAGCAGCCCCAACUGGCCGGACAAGUACCCCAGCCGUAAGGAGUGCACCUGGGACAUCACGGCCACGCCGGGCCACAGAGUCAAGAUUGCCUUCAACGAGUUUGAGAUCGAGCAGCAUCAGGAAUGCGCCUACGACCAUCUGGAGGCCUUCGACGGGGACAGCGACACGGCGGCCAUCUUGGGCCGACUGUGUGGCAGCAAAACCCCGGAGCCCCUCGUCUCCACCGGUAACAAGAUGUACCUCCGCUUCAUCUCUGACGCCUCGGUGCAAAGGAAGGGUUUCCAGGCUACGCACUCCACAGAGUGUGGAGGUCGUCUCAAAGCAGACGCCCGUCAGAAGAACCUCUACUCUCACUCCCAGUUUGGAGACAACAAUUACCCGGGUCACACCGACUGCGAGUGGCUGCUGAUGGCAGAGCAGGGCUACGGCAUCGAGCUCAGCUUCAUAACGUUCGAGGUGGAGGAGGAGGCCGACUGCGGGUAUGAUUACAUCGAGCUGUACAACGGAUAUGACGCCAACUCUCACCGACUGGGACGCUUCUGCGGUUCCGGGCCCAGGGAGGGGAUUUACUCGCCGGGGGACACUAUGUUGAUCCGUUUCCACAGCGACGACACAAUCAGCAAGAAGGGCUUCCACAUCCGCUACACGAGCACCAAGUUCCAGGAGAACCUUCACACCAGGAAGUAACUUCAGACCUCUGACCUCUGUGCAGCCCCGCCACUGUUACCCCCGACCUUCACCAUGGCAACGAGAAAAGUCCAGCUCAUCCCCUCCUCUCGGACUGUCCGCGGACAGCCGGAGGGAGGCCAUUCUCUCGCGAAUAUUUGUCUCCCUCUGCGGCUGCACGCCGGUCAUCGCACUCUGAGAUGGGACGGGGAAGGCGCAACGAGAUACCAACAAAUGUGGGGAAUUAUUCUGGAGGUUUUGUUUUUUUGUUUUGUUUUUUUUAUAACGGCUGCACGUCAAGCUGCCAACGUCCAGUGCACAAAGACUCUGCGGGAGAUUCAUAUCAGUUUACGGAGACAGUCAUGGUUGCACAAAAAGACUACAAGCACCCACACCCACUAGAUUCACACUCAGAACUACAAACUGUGGAUGUUAAAAAAAAAAAAAAAAAUAGUGCAUCCAAAAAAAGGGAGUCUUUCCUGACUCCCCGAUCCUUGAACUGUGUGACUUACUGUGAUCAGACGGCUGCUUUUCUUUCACCCACAGUCACUCACCAAAAAAAAAAAAAUAGAAAAGAAAAAAAAAACUGCUGACAAGACAUUUUUAUUGCCUUUGAUGCCUGGGAUCUGGACUCUUGUUUCCCAGCUCAGAACGGCUGCAGAUUAUUUUAUUUCAUGUCUUUGUAUUAUAAAAACCCAUCGUGUUUACCGUGUGUGUGUGUGCGUGCGCGCAUGUGUGUGUGUGUAUGUAACCGAGUGGAGUGUGGAGAAAAAGAGCAAACGGCUCGAGUCCGUCCUUCGCCCCCCUUAUUUUGUUUUUUUUGCUUAAAGCUUAUGCAGGCAACCAUCGUGGAACGGAGAGAAAAUAAGAAUAAAAACUUUCCUAUCGAUCUGUGAUGUUAAUGUUAAGCCUUGCGUUAUGUUGUGAGUGUUCGUACCACCUUGUGACAAAAAAACGAUCAACUUUCGUGGAUGUUUCCUCUUCUUUUUUUUUUUUUCUUUUCAGUGGAUGUCAGAAGGGAAUAUUUUUCACAGGCGUCUGUUGGAAGCGAGCGACGGAAGGAGAGACUCCCAUGGUGCUAAAAUUAAAAGAAUAAAUGAAUACACUGAAUGACUGGAUGAAGGUUUUCAAAUGGAGACUGCGUCGACAGCACUAGUCCUGUGGAACUACAAUAUUGCCUUAGAACCAAAUGUAUGCUAUCGGAGGUCGCUCCUUUGCUCUCGCACGGGUGUCUUGUGUCGGCCGAGUGUUUUUGAGGUUUCUUGGCAGCAUUAUUUGAUUUGAAUGGUUUUAUUGUGACAAAAAAAAAGAAGAAAAAGAAAAACAUGGGAAGUGUGAGAUAGAGCGUUUGCAGCGCAUGCGUGUGUCUUUUUUUUUUGUAGCUGCUCUCAGAGAGACUUGCACACACACUUAACCGUCCCCGACAAAAAAAAAGACACAGCUCAUGUUUUAUUGCAUUUUAUUAUUAUUAUUUUUCCCCCGUUCUUUUCUGUGUAUUUUUAAAAGAGAAGCAGAAAAGAGAGAUGGAGAGCUGCAGAGAGGACUGUCAGCUGCAUAAAGGUCGUCGUCUGUGUUAAAUGCAAAUGUGUAUGUACGUGUGUGUCGUAGGUGACUAUAGAUGUGUGUGCGUGCGUGUCUGUAAGUCGUAUGUGUUUAAGUUGAAUCAUUCAUCGCUGUACGUGCCAAGCUCCAGGUGACCCUGAUCCACUGUAGUCUUUGUUUUUAUCAUCCCGCCUCCUCUGUGUAAUUCAGAGACUCUGACAAGACGUCCUCGCAUCAGUCAUUAAAAUACAAACAGGUUCAAACUA